UGCAACGGGGACCAGGGUGCCUAGUUUAUCCUCUAGCCUGCCCGGAGGCCCUUUUCUUUUCUUUUGUGGCUUCCGCACCUGCAUGCAUCCUGUGCCUUUUACUUCUUGUCUAUACCAAGGCCUUUCCUUCAUCAUCCUUGAAAAGAACCACCACUGCUCAUGAGGUCUGUUCAAGACUGUGGAAUUCUGCCCUGUGAACAAAACUUGGCUCUCCACACAUAAUCGCCUCGAGGUCUCACAGCGUAACCGACGAACAAACCAUUCGAUAACACCAGACACGGCAGGGCCGCCUUAUAUUACUGCCCCAUAUUCAUGCAGGCAAGCGACUGAACCCGAAAAUCGAGGCGCCUUCUCAGUCGAGUCUUUUGUGAACCGUUAUUCCCCAACGCCACGCUUUCUGCAAAGACUGCUACGAACAGCCAUCUCCAGUGGCGUUGUAGUUCUGCAAAGCACUCCACUGUCGAAACGGCCGUGGCUGGCCAUAAAACCCUUAGCCUUAAUACCGUCGCCGGCGCCGCUGUGACAGCGACCCGAAACGACCGCCAUCAUGAACCGCACGUCGGUCGAGUCGAUUCAGACCGCGGAUUCUCUCGCCCGUGCCUUGUACCGGCGCGCACGACUGUCUGGUCCAGACUUCUCCGACAUUGCAACUGUGGUUCGCUCGCUGCAUACGUGCCUCAAGCACCUGCGUGUCGAGGCAGAAGACCCGGAUAGUUUGCUGAACACGACACAGCAGGAGCACAGCGUCUACGCACGCCAGCUUGGUCCCAUUGUUGAGGACUGCGAUUUCACGUUGAAGCAACUGGAUACGAUUCUAGAAAAGUAUGGCGGAAGCAGCGCCGACACACCGUCCGAGGACGGUCCACAUCGGGACGGUUACAUAGUUGGCACUGCGGAUAGCCGCGAAAAAGACAUGAUCGCUUUGAUUAGAACAAAGCUUGCCAAUCAAAAGACCAACAUCGAUAUUUUCCUGGAUACGGUCCAACUACACAACCCAGCCAAGGCGAGACAGCAGUUUGUGGACAAUCCUCAGAGCCAACAGCUCGACUCGAUUAAGGAUAAAGUUGAUGCAAUAGCUGCCCGGCUUGCGCGUCGCCGGGUUGCCCACAUGAGCGCUGGCGAUAUGGAAGAAGAAGAGCUGUGGCAACAGUUUUCCACCGAGCUUGAACGAGAGGGUUUCUCGAGCGAAGUUCUGAUGCGAAACAAGGAGGUUCUUCGAGCUUACAUCCGGGAAAUGGACUCCAACGGUCUCUUGGAUCAAGACCACCCGCCGUCAGUUCGAGGUCUUUUGCCUGCCGCAGAAGGUCCAAAUUCGCGGGGACCACCCAUGUCAAUUACGCCUUAUCCAUCCGAUAAUCGCGACGAUAUGAGUCCCAAGGAAGUCAUCUCACCUCCGAUGACUGCCAAUGAGAAGUUCCUACCAUCAGUCAAACUCAAUCGGGGGCCCCCUGACUAUAAUUCUGUGCAUGGUUCUCAGAAUGAAUAUAGUCCCGCAAACACUCAUGGCGGCUUUUCACAUCAAAUAUCACCAAGACCUCGGGCUUACUCUCAACCCCAACCGCCACAACCUCCGAGUGCACCACCACACCAGACUACACAUGCACUCCCGCACCCACAUGACCCCCUCCAAUCCCCGGUUCUCCAUGGCAAUCAUGUUAAUCAACGGGCCGAUUCUCAGCAGUACCAAGCCCCUAUCUUGUAUAACCCCCCUCUCCCGGCCAAGAUACCACUCCGUCAGAACUCAGGAUCGGAUUCCGGUGCUUCGGACUCGGAUUCUACCUACAGUGACUCCAACAACUCGUUGGCUCUGAUAUCGACCCGAGAUCUGAUGCAGCUUGACCACCGCAUGUCAGCGAUGCAUCUUGGCCCUCCGCAGCCUCCUCCUCUUUCCAUUUCACCGGGAACUUCGCCAAAUGGCCCCGGGGGUCGUUACUUGCCUGCUCCUCCAGUAGUGGAUCAAUUGCCUCCUGGUGUGCCAGGAAGCCCUUCCAGCCUUCCACCAUACAGCAGUCCAGCAUCGUCAGUGGCACUAGCUACCAAGCCUCCGCCGCCGGCUUACGGCAGCUCCCCCAUGCAGAUUCCUGCAAUAGAGCAGCAACAGCAACAGCAGCAGCAACGGCAAUUCUCGCGACUCCAGCCCGAUAGCCAUGGUAACGAGAUUCCCCUCGAGGCUACAUGGACCAAAAUUCGCCGCACGCUCGUCAGCCCUGAAGUGCUUGACCGAGCCGGCGUCCGCUACGAGGCUCGUCCCGACUUUGUCGCAAUCCUCGGGGUCCUUUCGCGUGAACAAAUUGCACAGUUUGCCCGCGAGAGCGAUGAGGUUCGUCGAGCAAGAUAUCGUAGUCAAAACUAUGCACCUCCUCGUUUCAUGCGCGGUGGAAGCAGUGGCAUACGCGAUAAUGGUAUGCGGCACGAUUACCGGGACGAGAAGUGGAGGUCUGGUUCGACGAGCGAAUCCGAUGACGUUUUAUGGGAUUCCGACUCUUCGUCAGACGAAGGAUCCCGUGAAAGAGAGCGACGACCUUAUGGCGGCCGUCCUUAUCGUGAAACCCCUGAGAAGGAAAGGCGUCGAGGCAGUGACGAGACGGAGAAGACUACGAAUGAUGAGAAGACGGAUGACAAGGGUACCAAAGUCUAUCCCUUCGUGCUACCCAUGGCAGCGGUUGCCGCAGCAAAGGGUCUCGAUGGGAAACCAACCCCAGCAAGCACAGUCCCGCCCAAGCCGAUACUGAAAAACAAGAAUGAAAACCACGUCCGAUUCGACCGCGAUGGGCCUAUUGAGAUCUCGGCCGAGGAUAUGUCCGCCGAUAAGAGACGACGGGAACAGCAACGUCGGGAGCGCGACCGUGAAUCAUCGAGAGAACAUGACCGCGAUCGCGAUCGCGACAGAGAUAGGGAGCGGGAUCGUGAGAGGCGGCGAAGAGAACGCGACCGAGAACGUGAACGAGACGGGGAUCGACGCGACCACUACUACGGCUCUCGGCACGGCCACUACCGACACUCGAGCUCAAUGGACGGGCGCCGCCAUGGGCAUCAUUCUCAAGGUGCCGAGCCCAGUCGUGAUAGAGAGUCUUCCCGUCGGGAGAAGAAAAAGGCAUGGGGCCAAACGCUGGGUGCAGCAGGUAUUGGUGGUGCCGCAGCUAGCCUGCUCAGCGUCCUUACCGAAGCGGCCACUGGAUUUUGAUUUGUCCGAUACGACGAGUUCGGCUUGAAGCCCAUUUGACAGUCUUUAUUAACUGUUUCUUUUCGUCAUUUCUGGUCACUUUUUACACUGUUUCAUGAAGAUUUCUGUUUGCAUAUACUGCCUCUUUUCUUUUCUUGUUUUUUUUUUUUUUCCUUUUUUUUUUGUCCUCCGGAUUUUUGAGUACUGUGUACCACUAGGAUUUUAUGACCAUCUACGCUAUAUCUGGUUAUGUUGAAGCAGCGCGGGAAAGCAGACUAGCGUAGAUUUUACAUGAUACCCCCUGAAGAGUAUUGAAAGAUUUUGGCAUACAGGAUGAACAACUAGCAUGAACGUGGCACCUUUUCUGAAUCAAUUCAAUUGUUGCUGCUCGUGUCGUUGAUUGGAAUAACUUCGAGGCCAAUCUUAACAGCAGCGCUUUUGAGAAAAAGUCCUACAG